GGGGAGAAGGAACUUGAGGUCAUUUUUCUGUACAUUUGCUCAAUGUUUCUAUGAGACCAAAAUUUCCCUGCAAAAAAAAUAACAAAUAUACGGCACAGUAUACACUUCUGUAGGUAAGAGGUUCUGGGAAGUUAGCGACAAUGAUACAACAACGUGGAUAUUGAUUCUCACUGAAUCCUUAGGAAAGCAAAUAAUCAGCUUGCUCAGGACCUGAUGUGGAUGUUGGUCCUUGCAGUUCAUGUGGUGAACACUGACUCCAAAGGUGUUAAGAAAGAGCUCAGGUAAUCCUGUGGAAGAAGAGCCAGAAGGGAUGGAGGACACCAAGAAAAUAAGACCUUUUAAAUCAACAUCAACAAAGCUCAUAUGAACUCACAGAGACGGAAGCAGCAUGCACAGAGCCUGCACAGUAAAUCUCUUUAGGGGACUGGAGAUAUGGUUAAGAGCACUUGCUGCAGUGCCGACCGGUGCCUCUUUUGUGACGCGGCAGAUGAGGAGACUCCAGCGCUCGCCAUGGCGGACGAGAAACCCAAGGAAGGAGUCAAGACUGAGAACAACGAACAUACUAAGUUUAAGAUUAAGAGGCAUACACCACUUAGUAAACUAAUGAAAGCCUAUUGUGAACGACAGGGUUUGUCAAUGAGGCAGAUCAGAUUCUGGUUUGAUGGGCAACCAAUCAAUGAAACAGAUACACCUGCACAGUUGGACGUGGAGGAUGAAGAUACGAUUGAUGUGUUCCAGCAGCAGACAGGAGAUGUCUACUAAAAAGUGAACCUGGUACUUUACUCCAGAAUUUUGUUAUAGACCAAGAAUACAUUCCCAAUUAGAAAGCUGCAAUUUGGUUCCACCACAUCCUGACUACUGCAGUGUAGUUUUCUCUAUUCUUUCAUUUCCCUGUCCCCAUUUCUUUAUUGUACAUAAAGUAACUGGUGUACGUGCACAA